GAGAGUGCCGAGGAAUAGAGGCUUCGAACUGGUCAGAUGACUUUGGGAACCUGGGAACAGGAGCCAGGAUUUGAGAGGAGAGGACAGGUGGACAGAGGAACGGGCUGGAGGCUGGACAGGCCGUCGGAUUCGGAUUCGGGGCUGUGACAUGAAGCUGCUACCCAGCUGGACAGUGGUGCUGCGGGGGAGGCCUUGGGGCAGGGCCUGGCCAUGGGCACAGCGACCCAGAAGUAGGUGGACCCUAAUGGGGUUGGGGCAGCGCAGAAGGGAGCAGAAUCAGGGCCCUCAGCCCCUGGGCUCUCCCCAGCCCCCAGGAGGGGAAGAUAGGCCGGGCCCAGGCCGGCUUCAGCGGCUGCGUGGCAGUCACUCAGGGCCCGGUGCUUAGAAAGGCCCCACAAAUCAGUUUAAUGCUCUGCUGUUGCUGUUUUUAAAUUUAUAAUACUUUUGCAACAGGGGCACCAGAUUUUCAUUUUGCACUGGGUCCCACAGAUUAUGUAGCUGGUCCUGACUGGGAGGGGAAGGGAAGGAAUCCUUGUCCUGACACAGAGGACAGAAAAGACCGGGCUAGCCUCGGCAGCUCCUUCUCCGGAGGCCCAUCUGUUCUGCGCCUCAGGGACCCUGAGGGGCGAGUGGAGGUGGUGGGGAGGGCAGCCCUGUCUGACAUUUUAUGUAUAAUUAACAGCGUGGGCUCAGUAGUUCAGGCCAACCUGAAUUUUUGGAAUGGCUUUCUAAAACCUUGCUACCUGUGUGGCCUUGGUCAGAUCACAUCUCCUAAAUCUGUUUCCUCAGCUGUAAAAGAGGUUAAUGGCACCCAGCACCUGGGGUUAAACAUGAAAAUACGUAGAUGUUGCUUGGCACGCAGUUGUUCCUAAAUAAUGAGGGCCUGGUAAACUUCCAAGGCCGUCUGCUCCUCACCCCCUCUCCGGCCCUCUCUCGGAAAAUACCUGUCCCGUGCCCAGGCUCAGGAACUGCUCACACCUGUGCCCCAAAGAUGAGGGCCCAGGAGGACCCUGAGGGCCAGACACAGCAUGAGUCCCUGGGCUCAGCAGGGACCUCCAUGAAGGACCCCCCGACGGCCCUGUGCACAGAGCCCAAGUCUGACAUGUUGUACAAGAUCGAGGAUGUGCCGCCCUGGUACCUGUGCGUCCUGCUGGGCUUCCAGCAUUACCUGACCUGCUUCAGUGGCACCAUCGCUGUGCCCUUCCUCCUGGCUGAGGCGCUGUGUGUGGGCCGUGACCAGUACAUGGUCAGCCAGCUCAUUGGUACCAUCUUCACCUGUGUGGGCAUCACCACCCUCAUCCAGACCACACUGGGCAUCCGGCUGCCACUGUUCCAGGCCAGCGCCUUUGCAUUUCUGGUCCCAGCCAAAGCCAUCCUGGCCCUGGAGAGAUGGAAAUGUCCUCCAGAAGAGGAGAUCUAUGGUAACUGGAGUCUGCCCCUGAAUACCUCUCAUAUUUGGCACCCACGGAUACGAGAGGUCCAGGGUGCAAUCAUGGUGUCCAGUAUGGUGGAGGUGGUGAUUGGGCUGAUGGGGCUGCCUGGGGCCCUGCUCAGUUACAUUGGGCCUCUUACAGUCACCCCCACUGUCUCCCUCAUUGGUCUCUCUGUCUUCCAAGCUGCUGGUGACCGAGCUGGCUCCCACUGGGGUAUCUCAGCUUGCUCCAUUCUCCUGAUUGUCCUCUUCUCCCAGUACCUGCGAAAUCUUACCUUCUUGCUGCCUGUCUACCGCUGGGGAAAGGGCCUCACUCUCUUCCGCAUCCAGAUCUUCAAGAUGUUUCCCAUCGUGCUAGCCAUCAUGACCGUGUGGCUGCUGUGCUAUAUACUGACCCUGACGGACGUGCUGCCCUCAGACCCCACAGCCUAUGGCUUCCAGGCACGAACAGAUGCCCGAGGGGACAUCGUGGCUAUUGCUCCCUGGAUCCGCAUCCCCUACCCCUGUCAGUGGGGGCUUCCCACAGUGACUGCGGCUGCUGUGCUGGGAAUGUUUAGUGCCACAUUAGCAGGCAUCAUUGAGUCUAUCGGAGAUUACUAUGCUUGUGCCCGCCUGGCUGGCGCACCACCCCCUCCAGUGCACGCUAUCAACAGGGGUAUCUUCACCGAAGGCAUCUGUUGCAUUAUCGCAGGGCUGCUGGGCACGGGCAACGGGUCCACCUCGUCCAGCCCCAACAUUGGUGUCCUGGGGAUUACCAAGGUGGGUAGCCGGCGCGUGGUGCAGUAUGGUGCGGGUAUCAUGCUGGUCCUGGGCACCAUUGGCAAAUUCACAGCCCUCUUCGCCUCGCUCCCUGACCCCAUCCUAGGGGGGAUGUUCUGCACCCUUUUUGGCAUGAUUACAGCUGUGGGGCUGUCUAACCUGCAGUUCGUGGACAUGAACUCCUCCCGCAACCUCUUCGUGCUUGGAUUUUCCAUGUUCUUCGGGCUCACGCUGCCCAAUUACCUGGACUCCAACCCGGAUGCCAUCAACACAGGCAUUCCUGAAGUGGACCAGAUUCUGACUGUGCUGCUGACUACGGAGAUGUUUGUGGGUGGGUGCCUCGCUUUCAUACUGGACAACACAGUGCCAGGAAGCCCAGAGGAACGAGGUCUGAUACAGUGGAAAGCUGGGGCCCAUGCCAACAGUGAGAUGUCUACCAGCCUGAAGAGCUAUGACUUUCCCAUCGGGAUGAGCAUGGUAAAAAGAAUUGCCUUUCUGAAAUACAUUCCUAUCUGCCCAGUCUUCAAAGGAUUUUCUUCAAGGUCAAAAGACCAGCUUCCAGUUCCAGAAGAUACCCCACAAAAUACAGAAACUGGGUCUGUGUGCACCAAGAUCUGAAAAACUGCGCCCAGGAAAGGUAGCAUGGUAUAUAAGAGGAAAAGAAAACUGCAUGGGGAGUCAGAAGACCUAAGUUGGAAUCCCAGCUCUGCUAACUAACUUCUUAAAUAGGCCUGGAUAAGUCACUCUCUGGGACUUCAUUUUUGCAUCAGUUAGGGGAAGACUGGGCCAAAGCCUCUAAGAGCGUGAGAGACUUGUACCACCAUUAUUUUGUAUUUCUAAAUCUUUACUUUCUUAAGCAGAUGUGUCAGCAUAUAGGGAAUGGCUGGAAAUUUUCCUCUACCACAUCUCUGAAUGCAAGUUGAUCAAGAAAAAAAGAAACCAGGACGAUUCCAGGGCCUGAAAUGGUAGGCAUGCUGGCAGGAUUUCAGAUUGAAUCUGAGCCCCCAAUAUCACUUACUUCAAGACCAAAGCAUAUUAAACAACAUGUUGGAGCAAUAA